GACCUACCGGAGAGGACAAACGGAAGCUUACCUUGGCGCAAAGCGGAAGGGCGGCUCUGUGCGUGGGGCGUGGUUCUGCAGACCACGGCCCGAGGCUACGAGUACCUGCGAGCGGCGGCGCUGCUGCUUCUCCUUCUCCCCUGUGUUUUUAACAGGUAGUGGCUUCUUCUCCAGAGCAAUGGAAGGUCCUAAAAGAAGAAUAUAUAAAGCACUUCAGCCAGCAAAACCAUUGCGCCGAUUAAGUGAGCCUUCCCAGUUAGACAAUGAUGCUGUAAACUGCAAGAAUUCUUUGCAUGAUGAAGAUCACAUGAAUAAUAGAAUUCAGCAGGUUCCACCAUGCAAAGAUUCCAGUUGUCUGCCUAAAGUAAAGGUUGAAAUGAAAGAACGGAUCACUUAUACCAGGGAGUUCCUUUUAAGUUUAGCGCAUUGUCCAAUUUCAAAGAAGAAGCCUUCAUUUUUACCAAUUCUCCCAGUAGUAUUGGAGGAGCCGAGGAAGUUGCUAUAUGCUUUCAGCGAUAGUGGUUAAUGUGGCCUGAGAUUAAUGCAGCAUUUAAAAUGGAUAUAGGUUUGAAUCCAGUGGCCAGAAUGAAACCAGAAGAUAGAUUUGCCUGGAUUAAUAGAUAUACUGUAUUUUGACUUAAGCAUCUUCUAGUUUUAUAUUCAUUUAAGAAUAUUAGCAGCUGGAAAGGGAAAGAAAUAAUAAGCCAAACUCUAUAUUCUUUGGAAUUUUUUUUUUUCCCCCGUUGACGAGGAGUUGCAUAUCUUUGUGGAUUUAAAUUCUCAGAGUUGUAAAUUUUUUUUUUAUUUGAAAACUAAAUUUAAAAGUAACAUAUAUUGCUGGGUAAAUCGAUUCAUUAUAGUUGAAAACAAAAGUUAGUUUAUUGAAGUGCAAACCAUUGUUAAAUUUGCAUUUCAUGUGUGAAUCACAAAAGCUGGCUGAAGUAUUAAGUGUUGUGCUUUCAAAGAAGAUGGAGAAAUGAAUAAGCAAAAGUAUCAAAAGCAGCCAUGUUGAAGGAUACAGUUAAAAGAAAAUGAAGGAAGAAUAGAUUUUGAAGAAAAAUGCUGAUCUAUGUUAAAAGUUGCUUGCAAUUUUUUUUUUUUUUUCUUUUAAGGUGCAUGUUUUCUUUUCAAAGUAUGUAUUUUGUUUUCCUGUUUCUACUAUUUUCAGUUUAAAGUUGGCUUUCUACUGUUUUGUUUUUUAUUGUAUAUAAUUUUUUAUCAAUGUUCUUUUAGUUUCUUUGAAACUGAUUUCACAGCUUUUAAUAUUGCAUUAAU